UGUAGUUUCGAGUGAAGUGUCUAAUAUGUACAGAUACUUCAAACUUUACAUUUUAAAUCCAGGUGAACUUCAAUUUGGCAUUACAUGCAGCAAGAGCUUACCCUUGAUUCCUUCUUUCGCAGAGCUCUUGGGAUGGAUUUCGAAGUCGCUACUCUUUGCUGCCAUUCAGGAAAGCCGCUUGCCAAAGGCAGUGCCAAGCAGGUGCUGUGCCUGGCUUCUGCAAAUAAGUUUGACAAAUUUUCCGACUACGCUGAAGCUGCUCACGUCUAUAGGAGGUAUGGUUCUCCAAACACCAAGGAGCUAGGAGACGCUAUUGCUCUGCUGGAAGGCGGUGAAUCAGGCCUUGCUUGCUCGUCGGGAAUGGGAGCUAUUCUCGCAGCCUUGCUUGCAGUGUGCAAGAGAGGGGACGUUUUGGUCGCUCCGCGUGAUCCAUACGGAGGAACUUACGACUUGUUAGUCAAUGACUUUGACAGGUUUGGCAUCUCCGUACGUCUGGAAGACGUUCUAGAUCUUGUGAGACUCGACGCAACUCUCUCUGAGCUCUACGCUGCUGCUACGGCCGGCGUCAGUGGCCGCAUUGCAGUGUUUGUGGAGACGUUCUCAAAUCCGCUGGUUAAAGUUGCGGACAUUCCAGCGAUUUCAAAGUUGUGCAAGAAAUAUGGAUGCGUUCUUAUCGUGGACAAUACCUUUGGUACUCCCGUCCAGCUCAAGCCGCUAAAGCAGGGAGCGGAUAUGGUUGUACACUCUGCGACCAAGUUUCUGGGAGGUCACAAUGAUGCUAUGGCUGGAGCACUCGUUGGAUCAUCCGAGUACGUGACAAGUGCCGCAGGAAUCGUAGCUCGCUGGGGUCUAGCCGCCUCACCAUUCGAUUCAUGGCUCGUACUGCGAGGAAUUCAAACUCUGAAAGUCCGAAUCCAGCGACAGUGGCAGUCAGCUAGCAUUCUUUCUCAGCGGCUUUCAGCUCAUCCGCUCCCUCUUCGAGUUCACGCGGCACAAGGCUGCUCGAUCGUCGCGCUCGAAGUUCCAAACGGACUUGAUGGAGCCGCAGCAGCAAUAGACGCAUUCCAGAUGAUAACGCUGUGUCCCAGCCUCGGAGGCGUCACCACCACCGUCUCCCACUCGGCAAGCUCCUCGCAUUCCUUCCUCCCUCGCGACCAGCGGAUUGCUCUGGGAAUCACAGAUGGACUCCUCAGAAUCUCUGUCGGCCUGGAGCACGUCGACGAUAUCUGGGCCGACUUGGAACGCGGCAUCUUCGCCGCCGCCGCCACCUCUCAUCCUGGGCGCUGAAAGGACCUCGAGCUUGUUAUCUUCAACAGCCGUCACAAGCAUGCCCUUAUAGGAGUCGAGAUCAGAUGCUGGACAUUCAUUACAACGGAGAAGAUCUCAAGUCAUUAGGCUGUGCGUUAGUUGACUUAAGUUUUCGGCCACUUCACAAAGGCCAUACAAGAGCUUUGCAAAUUCCAAAGUUAUGUCUCAACCUGCUGAAACACAGUCACCUUCAUUA